AUGCCUGGGGAUAAACUUGCCAUUAUAAUCAUGGCAAGACGCAUUGCUGCAAGUAAUCUUGCUUAUGCUAUUGGUGAAAGAAUCAACCAAGCAGAAUUUCUUCAAUCUGUGCAAGACAAAGUCAAAGAUCUAAGCCGCGAAGAGGAACAAUUAUACCGAAGCCAAAAUCCAUCACGAAUUCGCAUAGACGUAUCAGAUUUCGUCGACAUGAAUGAUGGUGAGCUCUUGGAGCAUUAUACUCGUGUCAAUAACCCCACAGCUUUGCAGAAAAUCGUACCACGUCUGUCAAUUAAGAGAGAUGUGACUACUCCAAUGAUGAUUGCCAUCCUCAGUACCUCUAUCAACUUCUUGCGGACUUCCCGAGAUAAUCCUUCAAUAUGCGGAUGUUGUAGCGAUUACCUUCCACUACUUCACUUUAGGAUCAGUUAUGGAUCUAGCUCAUUGUGUGCGAAGUGCUUGCGGGCUAAGCUUCUUCGUCAGAAAUCUUUGACCACAACUGGUAAAUGUUGGUGUGGUUUGAAGCAUGCUCCGGAAAUCUUCAUUAUGUCUGAUCUCGACGACCGGCAUCGAGCUCAGCGGUCCUCGGAUUAUCAUCGUUGCGGCUGCUAG